AUGGUGCUUACUGCUAUCGAUGUUGGCUUCUUCACUUCGGCUGUUUUGUGCUGUGUUGAGGAGUCCUCGUGGACUAUGCUGAUUGGCAAAGACAAGUUCAAUAUUAAUCCUCCGAGGUACGGUCAGGCGUUAAAGGCGGGGAACUCUCCUAAGACGCUGCUCACACAACAACCUUCUCUUGAAUUUUUGAUCACAAUACUUGCAGACGCAACUCCAUCUCUUGUCAUGGCUACUUUUAGAAUAUUCACCAUCGCUGACUCCAACUUCAGUUUGAGCGUUAGGAAUGGCAUGGUCAUUCUUGCCCCAACUAAUCCAAAUGAUCCCAAUCAGGCAUGGUACAAAGACGAGAGAUACGCGCAAGGUGUGAUGGACCAAACGUGUCGCAAAGCCUUUGCCCUGAUUAAUAAGGGUACUGGUCAGGCCAUAAAACAUGCUACUGCACAUCAACCUGUGAGGCUAGUUCAUUUCAAUCCAAAUUGUGCCGUAGAUAGGUCUCUGUUGUGGACCAAAGGGGUUGAAGGGGUUGAAGGUAACAGUCCGAUCUGGAUGUUUAAUAAUCUUGACCUCGCUAUGGAUGCUGAAGCAGCGAAUACUGAAGCAUUUGAUGGAACUUUAAUCAAGAUGUGGGAUUGGAAUGGUGGAAUUAACCAGCAAUGGAGCAUCGUCCCCAACUCUCCAUCUCCUACCAUGCCUACUGUUAGAAUAUUCACUAUGGCUGACCCCAAUUUCAGUUUGAGCAUUAGGGAUGGCAACGUCAUUCUUGCUCGCACUAAUCCUUAUGAUCCAAAUCAGGAAUGGUACAAAAAUGAGAAAUAUGCACAAGGUGUGAAUGACCAAUACCGCAAUGCCUUUGCCCUGGUUAAUAAGGGUACUGGUCAGGCCAUAAAACAUGCUACUGGACCAUACCAACCUGUGCAACUAGUUCAUUUCAAUCCAAAUUAUGUGGAUAACUCUUUGUUGUGGGUCAAAGGAGUUGACUGGGUUGAAGGUCAUAGUCCGAUCUGGAUGCUGAAUAAUCUUGAGCUCGCUUUGGAUGCUGUAGCUGCGAAUACUAAAGCAUAUGAUGGCACUUUAAUCAAUAUGUGGAAGUGGAAUGGUGGAGUUAACCAGCUAUGGAGUAUUGUCCGCUACUGAUGACAGACGAGUAGUUGCUAUGGUGUUUCCAUUUCCAGAAAGCUUUAUGUCACUUGUCUCUAUUUUUGCUGCUCUCUCUUUUUUUCCUUGAGAAUAAAACCUUGAUAUAUAUUACUAUAUCAAUGCUGGCGUUCG